AUGGCUUCACACCUGCCGCGGGACAGCUCGUCGAAGCCUUUCUCACUAUCGCUAGGCGGGGGAUCAUCAGCUUCAAAUGGACAGACCAAGAAAACCACAUUCAAUCUCCAAAGAUCUACUCGGGGAGCCGACACCCCCAGCCGAACACUUGCGCGCCGACCUCAUCAUCUCCAUGACGAUGAAUCCGACGAAGAAGAGAGAGCGCCGGUGCAUGAAGCCGUCACGGAAUUCGAUACAGAAACAGGGACCGCCGUAUCUGCAGACAAAAAGGAUGAAAAGCGCGAGCUAGUUAUACCGGUCGCAAGCAACAAUAAUUGGCGGAAUCGGCCCGGCGUCAGCCAGAAACCUAAGGGAAAGAAUCUGCUCCCGAAGGAGGUCCAAGCGAUACAGGAAGCUGCUAAGAGAGGCGAGAUUGCCGGGGAAAAUACAGAGACGGAAAGUCCGAGUACGGCUUACGGUCUUAGUUUCGCGCAGCAGCGGAGUACAGAGCAACAUAAUCAGGACGAGGCGGGCGAUAAGCCGAUGGAAGAUGCCGAGCCUGCCAGUGAGGAGAAACAGAAGCCGCUUACGCAAGAUGAGAUUGCCCUUCGUGCGCUUAUCCGUGAGAGUAAAGGCGAGACAGAGGGACGGUCGGAUCUUGUCAUUGAGUCUAGACCGGUGGACGGGGAGGAAGGUGGAGCUGGGGGACGCUACGAUGAAACAACUUCGUUCCAGGCUGAUAUUGCUUCUCGGCCUGAGUCAGCAACACUGGAUCAGUAUAAUGCGAUUCCUGUAGAAGAGUUUGGUGCCGCUUUACUUCGAGGAAUGGGCUGGAAAGAAGGCCAGGCCGUUGGAAAGGGGAAAUAUGGCUCCUCUGCGGUUCUCGAUAAACCCCGGAUUCCUGAGCGUCGACCGGGCUUUCUGGGUAUUGGGGCGAAGGACGCAUCGGGAGGUAAGGGGGCGGAAGCGGAGCUUGGUGCUUGGGGAAAGGCUGCAAUGCGCAAAGGAGCUAGGAAAAAUGGUAAAGAAGGCGAGACCAGCACAGAGGGUGUUUAUAUGCCGGUUAUGAUGCGGAAUAAGAAGACAGGCGAGUCCAUAACAGAGGAGGAACUCACAGCCUUGCAGAAGGAGGCAAAGUCAAAGAGAGAUGAUGAUGAAUGGAAAGAACGAAGGGAACGCAAUCUUGAAAGGAGUGGACGUGACAAAGACCGGGAUAGGGAUUACCGGCGCCGUGACUACGAACGAGACGAUGAUGAUCGUUCUGACAGGCGGAAAACGGGAUCCUCCAGGAGAGACCGAAGUCAUUCGAGACGACGAAGACAUGACGAUGACGAUGGCGACAGUAGGGAUGACCGGUCCUAUCGGGAUAGGGAUCGUGACCGCGACCGUCGUCGCGAGCGCGAGCGCGAUCGCAGUCGUGAGCGGGAGAAAGACAGAGAAAGGAGCCGCAGGUACCGGGAUGAUGAUCGCUAUAGUUCCAGCAGACACUCGUCCAAUACAUCAAGCAGACAUGGUCGAGAUCGGGAUCGAGACAGUGACCGUGACUCUUACCGGAGACGGAGGCAUGAUAACAGGUGA